ACCAGGGGACGCACAACCCGCUCUCCUGGCCAUGGGUGGUGCCGUGGUUGAUGAGGGCCCCACGGGCAUCAAGGCCCCUGAUGGGGGCUGGGGCUGGGCCGUUCUCUUUGGCUGCUUCGUCAUCACGGGCUUCUCCUACGCCUUCCCCAAGGCGGUCAGCGUCUUCUUCAAGGAGCUCAUGCGUGAGUUUGGAAUCGGUUACAGCGACACAGCCUGGAUCUCCUCCAUCCUGCUGGCCAUGUUGUACGGGACAGGCCCACUCUGCAGCGUGUGCGUGAACCGCUUUGGCUGCCGGCCCGUCAUGCUCACGGGUGGCCUCCUGGCGUCCCUGGGCAUGGUGGCUGCGUCCUUCUGCAGAAGCAUCAUCCAGCUCUACCUCACCACUGGGGUCAUUACCGGCUUGGGUUUGGCACUCAACUUCCAGCCGUCACUCAUCAUGCUCAACCGCUACUUUAACAAGAGGCGCCCCAUGGCCAACGGGCUGGCAGCCGCGGGCAGCCCUGUCUUCCUGUGCGCCCUGUCCCCACUGGGGCAGCUGCUGCAGGACCACUACGGCUGGCGGGGUGGCUUCCUCAUCCUGGGGGGCCUCCUGCUCAACUGCUGCGUGUGCGCCGCGCUCAUGAGGCCCCUGGAGGCGCCCAGGCCGGGUUCGGGGCCUGCGCCCCAGCGGCCAUCCCGGCGGCUGCUGGACCUGAGCGUCUUCAGGGACCGUGGCUUUGUCAUCUACGCCAUGGCCGCUUCCAUCAUGGUGCUGGGGCUCUUUGUGCCCCCCGUGUUUGUGGUGAGCUAUGCCAAGGACCUGGGUGUGCCCGACACCCAGGCUGCCUUCCUGCUCACUGUGCUGGGCUUCGUCGACAUCUUUGCCCGGCCCACCGCUGGCUUCAUCACAGGCCUUAAGAAGGUGCGGCCCUACUCCGUCUACCUCUUCAGCUUCUCCAUGUUCUUCAAUGGCUUCACUGACCUCACGGGGUCCACGGCCAGCGACUACGGAGGCCUGGUGGUCUUCUGCAUCUUCUUCGGCAUCUCUUACGGCAUGGUGGGGGCCUUGCAGUUCGAGGUGCUCAUGGCUAUCGUGGGCACCCAGAAGUUCUCCAGUGCCAUUGGCCUUGUGCUACUGCUGGAGGCCAUUGCCGUGCUCAUUGGGCCCCCAUCAGGAGGCAAGCUCCUGGAUGCGACGCACGUCUACCAGUACGUGUUUGUCCUGGCAGGGGCCGAGGUGCUGGCCUCCUCCCUCGUGCUGGUGCUGGGCAACUUCUGCAUUAGGAGGAGGCCCGAGGCGGCCGUGGAGGAAGAGGAGCGCCACAAGCCCCCCGCGGACGUGAGGGUGGACUCUCGGGAGGUGGAGCACUUCCUGAAAGCAGAGCCCGAGAAAAACGGGGAGGUCGUUCACACCCCAGAAACAAGCGUCUGAGCCCAGGAGGCCAGUGGGGGUGACGGAACCGGACAGAGACUUCAACGCUCAUGUUUAUUUCACAAACAGGACUAGCUUGACCAUCCGUGUUUCUCCGGGGAGGUGGUGGGCUGGGAACCGUGUCAUUCCAAACUGUGGUGAAGCCGAGCCGCGAGGUUAUGAGCUGUCUGCACCAGGGAACCAGCCGGCUGACCCCGGAGCAGCCCGGUGCCCACCGCUGAGCUCAGGGACCUAGAAACCCAUGCUUCAGAGACAACACAGCGGGCAUCAGAGGGCAAGGCUGGGGAGAGCCGGCCGAGCGGCACCGUCUCGGGAGGGGGCCUCCCCAAGCGGCUGGCUGCGCCCCAUCCUGCCGUCUCUACCACGGCGCCCCAGCCCGCCCCUCGCGGGGUGCCUGGGGAACCAAACUCCCUCCCUUUGCCUCUGAAGGUCUGAAAUAAACCUGCGUGUGGGAGGAGCCACCUUGGAAGGAAUGUCUUCAAGGAGCUGGGGUGUUUUUCUACGUGGGGUAGGGGUCUGUUCACUCCAAAUUCCUUUUCUCAACAAUCUGGUGGUUUUUACAGAGUGGCUCUGGCCCUUGUCAGCCGGGUCAGCUUUCUAAGCUGCUGGUUUUGAACCCUGCCCUGCUGGGGCCCAGACGGCUCAGUGUCCACACAGGGCCCCGGUGGCUGGCAGGGAAGGGGGCC